AGUCGGAAGUAAUAAAUCUCACGACUUAAACAACUUUAACAUUAGAGAUAACAAAACAGAUAUUGAAUUUGCGAUUCGGCGUACAGUAAUAGUGAUUUAUGUUUUAUUUGCAUAUCAGUUUGUGAAAAUAUAUACAAUUUGACAUAAUAGUAAAACAAGAAAUUGUACUUGUCUAUAGUUUCAAAUUUGUAUUUAAAAGAUAUUGGAAGUAUUUAUUAAACGUAAAAACAGUGAUUUUCAAAUCGAAAGAAGAAACCGGUGUAAACACAAUUUCAAAAUGGCUUCUAGACGACUUCAGGAUUCAAAUAGAGGCAAUGCAGGCGACUUUAUUGGAGAAAGUAGUGUGACACAAUCAUGUGCGCCCUGUAAGAAAACAAACAUAUCAAAAAUUGCUUCGGUUUUCUGCAAGGAUUGUGAUGAGUAUCUAUGCGAUACGUGCAAAAAUCCUCAUACUGUUUAUAAACCCGGUAAGCAUGAAAUUGUCAAUUUUCAGGACAAGAAAUCGGCGCCGGUUAUAAUCGACAUGAACGGAAUGGACAAGUGUCAUGAUCAUGGCAGAGAUAUAGAAUUUUUCUGCCAGGAUCAUUCUAAGCUCUGUUGCAGUUCAUGCGUUCUUAUUCACAGGAAAUGUGACCAAGUGAAUGAAAUAGCCAAAGUAUCCGAACGAUCAGGACCCCAGCUGCACGUAUUUAAACAAUUGUUGAUAAAAUUGCAAUCCGAGGCUGAGGCUAUUAUAGCAGAGUGUAAGCAGUCGGAGACUAGUUUAAAUGAGUCUAUUGCAAAGAUUUCUUUAGAGGUGGAUAAAAUGAGAAAUCGUGUCAUAAAACUAUUUGAAUACGCCAAGCAGAAAUUAAUUACUGAAGCAAACGAAUUUAAAACUGCAGAACUUAAGCAAAUUGGGAAUAAACGUGAUUCCUUGUAUAAAGCUAUAGAGGAAAUAAGUAAAGACUUUUCGAUGUGUGGUAACGUUUUAGAACGCGGAACGCCCAGUCAACAAUAUAUUUAUUCGGAACUUAUGAAUGAGAAACGGAAAACAAUAGAAUCAAACAUAUAUGACCAAAGAAAGAUUAAAGUUGCAUCAACAGUCACGGUGUCUUUUUCAAAAAAGCUGACCUCAUUCCUUGAGGUGGGAAGCAAUUUCAUGCAUCUGAAUUAUGAUGGCGACAAUACAGAAGCUCAGGACAAAGACAAUGAGCAAGAACGACAACUUCCGAAAACGCCACAGUCUCCGAUAACCUCCCCCGAAGAACCUGUUUCAAAAACGCAGCCGCUAAACAGUACUUUUCCAAGCUUCCAUUCGAAGAUAAAUAAAAGUGUUUACUUGUCAAUGGGUUACCAGUCACCACCCCCACGUGAUAUGACUUCAUCGCUGAAAUUUGGGACCAAAUCGCCAUCGGUGCCGGAAAGUAAGAGCAGUAGGCCUACGUUCAUAAAUACUUACCCGGAUGUAAAACAGCUGUCUCUUAGAAAGCCACAGUCACCUGGCGGUCGACCAAUAGUCUUCGAAGAUAUCUCAUGCCCGGACUUUCAAAUGGACGCCACAUCGGCGCAUCACGAUCGGGAAGUAAGCUCGGACGGACGAACGCUCAGAAACAAGAAGACUGACAUCUUUGGCGGAAGUACCAUCGAUCUUGACAACGGCCUUGCCCAGUACAAAGGCGCCAUAGGCACGUUCGCUAUUAAGGAUCAGGGUAAAGUAUACUUCGAAGUCGAUGUUGUCUACAACAUACAGCAACCGCUGGAGGAAACAUGGCUCGUGUUCGAGCUAGGUCUCUGUCGCCUUGAUGACGUAGAUUUGCAUCAUACCGUCGAGCGACACGAACACGCGCGCUCAUUCUACGUUGCAAGGUACCCGGAGGACGGUAAACUGACGCAGGAAUUCUGGCACAACAGGGAGCUUCUUUCUUUUAGUCCACUCUCAGACAACAGUCCGGGAAUCGAGGUAAGGAUAACAUACGGAAUGCUUGUCGAUACGAAGAAAAAGAAAUGGACGAUCGCCGACUGUAAUAAUAAUAAAGUUCUGCACAGUUUUGAGAUGCUAGAUUUCAGCGAGGAACUGUAUCCUGUAUUCGGAUGCUACAAUCCGGAUUUGUGUACGGUUGAAAUGACUUUGAAGACCGGAAGUGAAAUAACAAUGGUACCACAGUGCAUCCGCCAACCUGGAUUCAGAUCGCCAUAAAAGCGUUUUAAACAAAAAAUGCCGAACAAAAGUUGACCAUACACAUUUACCCGUGCUGUACAUGCCUUUCCAUACAUCAACAUUGUCGAUAUAAAUACACCAGAAAACGUUUAUAGAAUAGCGAUCACGGAUCGCGAAUGAUGCUUAACUGUGGAGUAAAUCGUAAAAUACGAAUCAUUUUUUCUUAAUCAUAUGAAUGAUUUGUUCAUUUACUCGCCUUGUAAGAAAAAAACGAAUUAUUAACAAAGGUUGUUAUUAUUGUGUGUUUUUUUUCGAUGAUUUGUUUUACCUGAUUCUAAUAUUCUUCACAAAGGACUGUUCUUAAGACACAAAACACUCUCAGUCGUACAACGUAUUUUUGUAAAAUGUAUGUGUUAAUGUUGUAGAUUUUGUUUUAGAUACGUGAGAUUUCUUAAAAAAUGUUCUGAUUACUGCCAUAUAUGUUGUUGACCGUGAUAGCGUUUGAUGUUAAAAUUAUAAUACUGUUUUAGAUUUUGCCCAUGCAUUAAGUUCAGUUGCAGGAAAGGUAAAUAUACCAUUACUGGAUAGAAUUUCUCUGCAGCUACAUUAUGAUCAACUGCAUGACUGAAUACAAGAUUUAUUUGAUACAACCCACAAUUUAUUAUUUGGAAUGUUUGUUUGUACGUGAUGCGUUGUUUUUAGGGAUGCAAGAGGUUAACCGGUUAACCGAUUAACCUACCGAAACGACCAGUUAACCGGUUACGUUUUCGGGAAAAGGUUAACCUGGAAAAAAAAAUUUGAUUAUGUUUUUUUCAUGGAAUAAUUCGUAUGAUUUUUAUUUUUUUCGCGUGACAUACUGCCAACUUGCGCUGGCGACAAACAUACGUAACUAUCAGUAUUUAAGAACAUUAGUUACAUAGCUAUUAAAUAAAUGUAUUGAUUAUAUUAAACAUUCAACUUACAUAUCGUGCAAAAUUAAUUAAAUUUGCAUUCGUGUCCUUCAUUUUACCCACAUAUUUUAAUUGUAUAAUGAAAAUCAAACGAUACUACUUCGGCUACAAACGCUACAAACAACAAAAUAUGCAAGUACCGAAUAAGAAGAGAUGCGGAUUCGUUUAACACACAUGACCCACUUUACGUCGAAUUGAAAGGAAAAAAACAACAUUUCUAUAUUAAGCCAAUUUGAGUUUCAAAAAUUAAAACAGAAUAAACAAAGGAACGCACAAUUUUUGUGAGCGAUACGAAGCGAACGUAAUAUAAGCGGCCCAACCCAAAAUAAGUAAAUAAGUUAAUACCACGUGAAAAUGAACAUUGUGUAGUUGUUUAAUUUUGUACUCUUAUGCAUUUACGCAGGAAAAAUAAAUACAAUAUAUAGCAUACAUUUACAAAAUUAUUAAAUAAAUUCAACAAUACAUUUUAUUACGAAACUGGCAUGCUAUCAACGCAAGCGAUUUCAAAUUUGAAAUUACUUUUGUUUCUACAGAGCGGUUCGAGCGGUAUUAAAUUGUUUACGUACUCUAAAUCAUUUUCACUACUUAAUGCGUUUCGGUUAACCGGUUAAUAACCGGUUACGGGAAAAGGUUAACCGGUUAAUGAUUUUUGUAACCUCUUGCAUCCCUAGUUGCUUUCCGUCCAAUUAAAAAUGUUCAGUGUUAAUUUAUUAUAUUUAUCAUAUUAUGUGUAAGCUAUUCUAUGUUAAUGUAUAUUGUACGUUGCUAACUUUACUGAUAAUCUAGCAAGUAAAUACUAUGAAACGUCCAUGUGUACAUGUUUGUUGCUAAAUGUACAAAUAUUUAUUUAACUCGGUUUUGUUAGGAUCAAGCUAGUUCUUGGUUUUGAAUGAUCGUGUUUUUAAUGUAAAUAUGAAAAAUAUUUUGCAUUUAUGAUCUUAGUGUUUGUGUAUGCUGCUUACUUGCUUAAGUGAUGUGAAUCACGAACAUAUUUGACCGAUAUAUACAAAUGUAUCUGAUUGUGAUAAAACAUAUAUUUUUCCAUAGAUUUAAUUAAAAAACCUUUGUAAUAAAUGCCCACAUACGUCU